AUGGGUGAUUAUAAUGCAGUAAUUCAUGUGGAUGACAGACUAAAUGGUGCAGAGAUUCAAGAACAGGAAACUAGAGAUUUUAUUGAUUUUUUAUUUGAAACAGGAUUGACUGAACUGAAGACGGUGGGAAGAAAAUACACAUGGACCAACAACCACAUAUACAGCAAAAUUGAUAGAGCAGUGGUAAAGGGGGAUUGGAUGAUAAGACUACCUCAUUUAGAAGUGAUAGUACUUGAUCAUGGGUUCUCAAACCACUCUCCCUUAAGUACUACCUUUGAUAAUCAUCCAGGAAGAAGAGCUAGACCUUUUAAAUUUUUGAACCAUUUAACUGAACAUCAAGAAUUUCUGGAUAAGGUAGCAAAAGGUUGGAGGGAACCAGUGAGCGGGGUUUUUUUGAAAAGCAUAUGGCAAAAGCUAAAAAAUGUGAAGACUGAAAUGAAACUUCUUAAUAAGGAAGAGUAUAAUGCAGCAGAUAUGAGGAUCAGUACCAUCAGAAGCAACUUACAAGAGGCUCAAGAACAAAUGAGACUUCCUGGGCAUGACCCUGCUUUGUUUGAUAAGGAAAAAUCACUAAAGAUCGAUUUAGAGAAAUGGGUGAAAAUUGACGAGAUGAUAGCUCGGCAGAAGUCAAGGAUGAAAUGGUUAAAGCUUGGGGACUCUAAUGAAGAUGAUAUCAAGGAGGAGGUCCUGAAAUUUUUCAAACAGCUUCUUUGCAAAGCAGCACCCCAAUUGCUUGCAGUAAAACUCUCAGUUUUUUCAAAUGGUCCUAAAUUGAAUAGAAGCCAACAACUCCAACUGAUUAAUCCUAUCACAAGAGAGGAAGUUUACGUGGCUGUUAAGGACAUUAAUGAUAUGAAAGCACCAGGAGUGGAUGGUUUCAAUAUAUAUUUUUUCAAAAAAGCUUGGCCUGUGAUUGGUAAUGAGAGAAUGCAAAAGGUGAUGGAUACUUUGGUGGAUAGAAGUCAGUCAGCUUUUGUUCCUGGGAGACUAAUCAGUGAUAACAUAAUCCUUAGCCAUGAACUGGUGAAAGGAUAUGGUAGGAAGGGUAUAUCUCCAAGAUGUAUGCUGAAAGUGGACAUGCAAAAGGCAUAUGACUCUGUAGAGUGGAUAUUCAUAGAACAAGUUUUGGUUGGACUGAACUUUCCUACUCAAUUUAUUCAGUGGAUCAUGCAAUGCUUGAAAACUGUAUCCUACUCUAUUCUUAUCAAUGGGCACCCAACAGAGCCUCUUAACUCAAAGAAAGGGUUAAGGCAGGGGGACCCAAUAUCCCCAUUUCUGUUUGUUCUAGUGAUGGAAUAUUUCAGUAGAGUGCUAAAGAGUCUGGGGAAUGAAGCUGACUUUAACUAUCAUCCAAAGUGUGAGAAGAUGAACGGCGGUGUGAAGUCUAUUCAAAUGCUAUUUGAUUGUUUCCAUGAGUUCUCAACAACUUCUGGACUAAGUGCUAAUAGAGACAAAAGCUCCAUUUAUUUUGGAGGUGUAGAUGCAACAGUUCAACAGCAAAUCAUAAAGUUAACUGGAUUCACUAAAGGAGAGUUACCAAUAAGAUAUCUUGGUGUUCCCUUGAGCACCAAGAGGCUCUCAGAGCUUCAAUGCCAACUUUUGCUGGAAAAGAUGAUGGGAAGAAUUCAAAGUUGGACAGCGAAAUUCCUCUCUUAUGCAGGAAGAGUCCAGCUGAUAAAGAAUGUUCUCUUUUCGGUCCAAGUAUUUUGGUCGCAGAUAUUUGUAUUGCCUGCAAAGGUAGUUGAGCUAAUUGAGAUAACAUGUAGAAAAUUCUUAUGGACCGGAGGAGUUGAACUAUCAAAGAUGGCUUUUCUUGCAUGGGAUAGAGUUUGCUAUCCUCAGGUAGCAGGAGGUCCUAGCUUGGCAAGGGAUAAGCAGAAUGGUAAUGGAUUGGCAAAAGGAACUAAAGUGGGCUAA